UAAAUUCCCCAUGUAAAAACUGGUGGUGAAAAGGCCAUUCAUCAGAUUUUCGAUAUGGUUUCUGUUACUCCACGUAAGGAGUUACAAGUUCUUAAAGAUGUUGGAAUUGACAGAGAACAAACUACGCCUUGGAAAUCAGUACCUCUUCAUUUGAUCCCAAAUGGAACUCCAUUAAAGGAUGUAUAUAAAUUUCUGCCGGAUCCAACUGAAUAUUCAAGAAAAACGCAACAAGAAAACAUCUGUCCUACAUCUCAAGCAGCAAUUAGAUCAUUGAAAAAUGAACAAUAUGUGAAGAACACUCAAUUUCAGUCUACAAUGCUGGAACAUGGAGAAGGGGGGUUUGAGUUUAUCUCCCCUGAACUCAGUGACAUACAGACUAAUUCUGAAGAAAACCACAAAAGGAAUAACAUUCAUUUAAAUGCGGCACAUUUGACUGGGUCUGCACAGGUCAGGCAUGUGGUGCCUGAAAGUCCAGCUAAAAUAUUCCAGAGAAUGAAAGAUGAAAUUCAUCGAGAGCAUCUUCAACAGUAUACAAAACAGGCUUUGAAUUUAAAGGAAGGUAACCAAUGCCCCUCUGCUCCAAUGAAUGGACAUGCUUUAAAUCACACUUUUUCAGUCCCCGCUCUGGCAAAGAGAUGCCAUGCUAGACAGAAAAAGAACCGUGUUCCUUUGAUCCACGAAUCUCCAGCAAAGAUCUUUUUACAGAUGAAACAGGAGGCAGAUUUAGCUAUGCAGCAAACACCGCUGGCUUCAACUAAAUUUCCAGGAGAACAUGCAGUACCCACUAUACUGAAUGGAUACCACACAUCACAACAAAAGAAUUGUAGCCAUGACAAUGUAACACCAGGAUCUUCAGCCAAAUUCCUACAACAGGUGAAAAAAGAUGAUCGAAAUGCACCUUUUACAGUAGACUCUGGAGGUUUUGCACACGGUAACCGACAUCAAGAAUCUGUUCCAGCAUUAAGACUAACAAAUAAAUUGAACUCCAAUCAACUUGUGGAGAAUGCUCAAGUUUGUCAGAAAAAUGUGAAGACAUCUAACGUUGUCAGUUCUGACAAUGGAGCUGAAAUACGCAAUUUUCAUCUGGAAAUAGAUACUGAUAAUGGUAAUGAUGGAGAUGACGAAAGGACUCAAGAUACAGCACUAGAGACUGCAAGUUCGUUUUCUGUCACUGGUAACACCACCAGCACAAAGAGUGAAGCUCAAAAAAUCCCAUAUUUUAAUGCUACUCCUCUUAAUAGAUUUGUCCAUCCAGCUAAUGUAAAUAUGAAAGUUGGAGCCAAGCCCUCUGAAAAAAUGAAUGACUUUGUUGAAGAGUGUAAGGAAUUACGUGUUAUCUUGUUGAAAUCACCACAGAUUAGUAUACCCAGAAAGCAAGGAGAAGAAGCUUCAAAGGCCAUGAAAGACCAGGAUGUUGAUGAACCAAACAGCACAGUGACACAGGAAAAGAGGAUUACUCUCACUCACUGGAUCAUCAAGCAAAUAAAUAAGACUAAUGAUUUUUGUGUGGAAGGGAAAAGAGAUUCUGACGGAAUAUACUGGCACAGUAACAUAAUUACUGAACGAAUUUCACAAAAAGAGCUGAAAAGUUUUACUGGAUCGAUUUAUAUUCUAAAAGGUCCACUAGAUUAUACUGCAAUGGUGAAGCAAGGGUUUUCGCCUGACUUUUUAAAACGAUUCUCUUUUGGUUUUCCGUCGGAUUGGAGGACUUGCAUUGAAAUAUUCCUUAAAAAUAAGAGGAUAUGUCGUACCAACCCGAAAAUAAAAAGCAAGUCUAAAGAUGAGCAUGUUGAAAAGGUACCAUCAGUGAAAACAAAAAAGUCAGAAAAAGGAAAACCUCCAGCAUCUCAGUUACUUGAACCAGUUUCUACCCCGUGCAAUAGUAGUUCAGUAAUGGAACAAAAGAAUCAAAGCAUCAAUAGAAUUGAAACUAGAAGUCAAGGAUCUCGAAGUAAACCGGUAUUUUACAGUCGUAGUGGACGAUGCAUUAAAGCACCAUUGGAGUAUUGGCGGGGCCAACGGAUAGUUGUUGAUAGCCAGUUGAAGGUUACUUUGUAUGACGGUGGAAAAAAUUACUUGUCUUCCAACACUCUAUACUCUACAAGAGAGAGCUUCAGAAGUGAUACUGCCACGACUUCAAAACAUUGGAAAAAAGAAAAGGCUUCCACAAUAGGCUCGAGUGGAAGACAACAUUUAGUUCCAAUGGCGAAAAAAGAUGUCAAAGAGAAAGAGAUGAAAAUUGACAACUCCAGAGACCAAUCAAUAGAAUACCCUGUUGGAAAAGAACCAAAUAAACAGUUGACAAGACAGGCUGAAGGGAGAGAUGAGCAGCCUCUGAGACCACAAAAUAAAAUUUCAAUGCUUCAGAACUGUAACAACAUUAACCCAACUGUUGUAUUAUCCCCAAUAUCUCAUGCUUACCGAGCAUUGAAUAAGACGACAACACUGAGCGAGUUUAUGGAUAACCGUCAGAAAUUUGGGAAUAAAGAAGGAAGUAAUUUGGUUGCUAAACAAGAUGGUUUAUCUGAAUCAGAGGAUACAAGUGGGACAGAAGAUACAACUGAUAGUGACUGGUUCGAACCAAAGUCUAAAAGUAGAACUAAACAAAGUCAAUCCGUAAAACCAACAUACCAAAUUAAAACUGCUGAAGUAAGAAGCUCUUCUGCUCAAUCGGAUAAUAUGACUACGAAUCCCAAAGAAAAUGAGAUAAUCAGCAUUAAAAGAAAAGUAAGAUACACAAAGUCAAAAUCACAUGACAGUAAGCGAAAAGGUAACACUGCAUUUAUCGCUGACAAACCUAUAUCAUCCCGGUUGAGGUGCUCCGGAAGACCAAUAAACAGCAUUUACAAUCCUUUGCCUUCUGAGUCAAAGGGGAAAUUGAGUACUGAUCCUUCUGACGAGAGUACAUUAACUGAAUUGAAGUGCUCUUCAAAAUUAUCUGCACAAGUUGAACCAUCUCGUGAAACAGAACUCAAUGACUACAACAAGAGAGGUAGUGUACAGAAGAACUCACUGAGAAAACCUAAGGAUCAAUAUAACCAAUUUUUGUCUUGUGUAACUGAUGAUUCUCUGACUGAAACGAGUGACACUGAAGCUCCUAGAACUGAGAAAGCAAAAUUGACAACAAAAUCUUCAAAUAAAACUAAAGAAUGUGGCAACAACAAAGUAAGAUCAUUAAUCCCAUCAGCACAUUGUGAAUCCAAAAAAAAGCAACAAAAUGAAUCUACAUUAGUUCCUUUUUUCAGUAAUGAUAAAGAAGACAUUUGGAAUGACAAAGAACUGGAGAGACUGCUUAGAGCUGUUGCAAAACUACCAAAGCACAAAGAUGGUUUCUGGGUAGAUGUUGCGAUGAUCGUUGGAACACGUUCUGCUGAAGAAUGUCAGCAAAAGUACUCAUCUGAGCAUCAGUCAAAAUUGAUCAAAACAACAAAAGCCAAGCAGAAGAAAAAGAAUACCAGCAAUAAACACGGGCAAGAAAUGGAACCUGUGAAAAUUGUUGCUCGAGUUGGAUCACUGAAAAGAAAGCAGCAAAUCAGAGAGUUCCUGGAACAGUUGCCAAAGGACGAUCAUGAAGAUGUUUUCACUGAUGCUCAAGUACAGAAUAAAAAAGUAAAGCUUCCCAGCUUUCAGACCAGUGAAGAGGAUGACGUCUUUGCACUUCUUCAGAAAAAUCCAACUACUCCAACUUCAAUCCUUUUUCCUUCUGCGCAAACUCCCCAGUUGUAUGGCAUCAGUCCUAGAAUGUUGGAGCCCACUGAUAGGGAUAAUAAUGACAGAUAUAUUUAUCAACUGCAACAAAAAGGAAGCAAAAUGAAGAAUUGGUCCAAAGUCCAGAAAAAAUCGGCACCUACGUUUUUACCAACACCGACUAAACCAAAAUCAAAAUUAAUACAAGGAGAAACUAAGGAAGCUAUCAAAGAAAAGCUUUUCAAAGAUGAAAAAACUUUUCUAUCAGAUGAUGACAGAGAGGAGGAAGACUAUUACUUUUCAGACACAAUGUGAAUAGUUUUUAAAAUCUAUAAUAAAAUUACAAUUCCUUGAGGAAAACUACAUUGUCUGUCUCCAUGAAGAGCAAUUGGUAAUGUUGUUAAAUGUAGAUGCUGAAUAUUUGGAACUACAUUUCCUCUGUUAAACAUUUCAAAGUUCAGGUGCCUCCUGUUACUGCUUUUUAAAAGGAAUGAAAAUGUAUAAAUGUAGAAAAGUAUCUACAGCAAGUUUUAUGUUUUGUAAUAACUAAGUUAUAAACUAAAUGCGACUCAGACCUGAUAGUACCUGCAAUUUAAAGUAGUAGUUUUUGUCUAUUUUAAUAAUUUUUAUUGUUUGCUUAUAUGAAGUAUGUUCAACAUGAUUUGCUAAUUUAUAGGAUGGAAGCAUCUAAACCUGACAUUUGUGUCACAAUAUGCUUUGCUGUUGCUGCAAUUUCAUAGUACAUCCCAUUUUAUUUGUUUCUGAAAGGGUUUAGUAUGCUUGGGGCAGCGUGUAUGUUAAUGUGGAAUUGUAAUUCUGUCAACAGCUAGCUAUCUUGCAAAUUUAAAAAUAUAUUGGAAAUUUUUAAAAACCAUCAACUAAGCUUCCAUUUGUCAGCAUCAUCCAGUGUCCCAUUUCCCUCUGCAACUGGACAGAUAUGCAAUUCAAACUGGAAGUGGAUAUGGACUGAGUCAAAUAGUCCAUAAAGCACCAGAUUCACAUUUAUGUAUAAAGGGGUUUGGUGACUGGAAGAGCCACCAUUUUCAAAAAGAAUAAAGAGAAAUAUUUUAAA